AUGCUCAAGGGUAAGACAACGGUCGAUGCCAUCAUUGGGGAUUGGCUUUCAGAGUUCAACUUGGCCUCACGGUCACUCCAGGUUCGCGACGGCAAGAAAGGCGGCUACGAGCCUGGGUUCCUGUAUUCCCUACGCGACGCUCUGGACGAAUACAUCAACUACAGGAACCCAAACCUCCGCAUCGCCGUCAACGCCGGCGGUCUCAAUCCCAAAGUGCUCGCGCAAGAGGUCCAAAAACUCCUGGUGUCACGGGGUUGCUCGAAAAAAGUCGCGUAUGUGACGGGCGACAACUUGCUGCCCGAGAUCGAUAAGCUCGAUGUACAGCCCCUGACGAGGGCGACCGGGGACUUUCGAAGUUGGAGGCAGAAGUACCCGGAUGUUAUCCUCGCCCUGGCGUACACGGGCUGUUGGGGGAUUGUCGAGGCAUUGGAGGCCGGGGCGGACAUUGUCAUCUGUGGACGAUGCACGGACGCGAGCACGGUCAUGGGUGUCGCCGCCUGGUGGCACGGUUGGAAGCGGACCGACGUCGACAAACUCGCGGGCUCCCUGGUUGCCGGACAUCUGAUUGAAUGCGGAUGCUACGUUACUGGAGGCAACUUUGGAGGGUUUAAGAGUCUCUUCCCCAACUACUAUGACUUAUCCUACCCGGUUGCCGCGAUAGCAAUAGACGGGACGAGUGUGAUUCAGAAGCACUCGAAUCAAAAUGGCGUUGUGACGGUGGACACGGUCCGGGGCCAGCUGCUAUACGAGAUUCAAGGACAAUUCUACUACAACCCCGACGUGAUUGCCGAUCUGUCGGGCCUGAAAGUCGAGCAGGUUGACAAGGACAAGGUGUACGUUUCGGGGUUCAAAGGCCUUUUGGCUCCCGAAACUCUCAAGAUUGCCAUCAUGGCGCUGGGAGGCUACCAGGCCGAAGUAUCCGUCUACGUGACCGGCCUAGACUACAAGGAAAAGGCGCAGAGCUUCGAGAUCAUGACCCGCAAAAUACUGAACGACAACAAGUACGACGUCCUGGAUUUCCAGCUCUACGGAACACCCAAGGAGAACCCAGAGAACCAGCUCGAAGCGACACUGCAGCUCCGAGUCCUCGCACAGGCUCAAGACCCACAGUACCUGAGGGCAGGGCGCUUCCUCGGCCCUCUCAUGAGCAACCAGCUGUCCGGGUACCCGGGCCUCACGGCCAACGUGGACUUUAGGACAGCGGAACCGAAACAGAUGUCGACGUACUUCCCGGGGCUGGUCAACCAGAGCCACGUCCAGCUGCGCGUCUUCUUCGCUUCACAAGGUGGCAAUGACGGGGAAGGCAUACCCGUUGCACGACCCGGAGCCUACACGCCCGUCCACCUCCUCCCGCAACAGCCAGACUACCAGCCCGUGGAUCCGGUGCCGUUGUCCUCCUUUGGACCAACCGUCAAGGCGCCACUAGGACUUGCCGUCUACGCCCGCAGCGGCGACAAGGGCGCCAACGUCAACGUCGGCUUCUUCAUUCCCAGGGGUCUGCACGAGUCAGAAAAGUUCGAGUGGCUGAGGAGUCUCCUCACGACAGAGCGGUUGCGAGUGCUCCUCGCACGCGAAGCAACCCCCGAGACGUACAUCGAGCGGUGCGAAAUUCCCCACCUCCACGCCGUCCACUUUGUCAUUCACGGUCUCCUGGGCGCGGGCGUGAGCACCUCGGUCAAGAUGGACGCGCUGGGCAAGAAUCUGGCCGAGUACCUGCGCGCACGACACGUCGACAUUCCGGAAAAGUUUCUCGCCAAGGAGGCGGUCCUGUAG